AUGAACUUGAAAUUGAAACCCUCUGUAUUUUGUGUCUCCUCCAUCCUCAUUCUCGUCCUAGCCAUCUCGUUCAAUUUCAUCAACACUAACUUUGUAGACUUUAUUCACCAACCCAAGAAAAAUGUCCAAACCCAUGAACCCGAACCCAUUUCACUUAUGCUCAACUGUAUCCUGUGGAAUGCUCCAUUUCUCUCCGGUAGUGGCUAUAGUUUAGAAACUUGGUCCCAUAUAUUAGCCCUUCAUGAACACAACACAACCCGCGGUUUUACAAUAGACGAUCUACAGUUGCUUGAUUUCUGGGAGGGAUUGCCUAAAUAUAAAGAGGAUAUGGUAGCUGAGCUUUACCAUACCAAAUGUAAUAUGAAAGACACAAUAGUCAUAUGUCAUAGUGAGCCUGGUGAAUGGAAGCCCCCAUUGUUUGAAACUCCCCCUUGCCUUCCAGCUGCCUACUCAAACUUCAAGUCAUUGAUUGGUUGCACCAUGUCUGAAACUGAUAGGGUGAGUCGCAAACACGUGAAGCGUUAUAACAAAAUGAAUCAUAUUUGGGUUCCUACUGAGUUUCAUGUAGCUACACUCAUAGAAAGUGGGGUUGAUCCAUCUAAGGUAGUCAAAAUUGUGCAGCCUGUCGAUAUGAAUUUCUUUGAUCUAGUCCAGUAUGAGCCAUUAAAUCUUGCUUCUCUAGGGAACUGAGUCAUGGGGAAGAGGACCAGACUUAAAUCAGAAUUUGUGUUUCUGAGCAUUUUCAAGUGGGAAUAUAGGAAAGGAUGUGAUGUGUUAUCGAAAUCAUAUUCACAGGAAUACAGUGCAACAGACGGGGUAGCUUUAUGUCUUUUAACAAAUCCAUAUCACUGUGAUACAAACUUUAGCAAUAAGAUAGUGGAGUUCGUGCAGAAAUCUGGAAUAGAAAAACUAGUGCCUGGUUGGGCUCCAGUUUAUGUGAUUGACACUCAUAUCGCUCAGUCUGAUCUGCCUCGAAUAUACAAGGCAACUGAUGCAUAAUUUGUUCUUGCGUCAAGAGGGGAAGGAUGGGGAAGGCCUAUGGUAGAAGCUAUUGCAAUGUCGUUGCCGGUGAUUGCCACAUAAUGGUCCGGACCUACAGAGUAUUUGACGCAGGAGAAUAGUUAUCCGUGGAUAGUGGAUAGGAUGAGUGAAGUAAUGGAAGGGCCUUUCAAAGGACAUCUCUGAGCAAAACCUUCUGUUACUAAGCUUCGGCUGCUAAUGAGGCAUAUAAUGGAUAAUGUCAACGAAGCCAAGGCCAAAGGAAGAAGAGCAAGGGAAGACAUGAUAACGGAGUUUGCUCCAGAGAUUGUUGCAGAUAUUGUUAUCAAACAUGUACAAAAUGUAUUUGUUAAGUUCUAG